AUGGCGCGCUACGUGCUCACAGAGGCCGGCCGAGAGUCUUGCCUGAUCAUAGCCCGCCUCUUCAGGGAGGACGGCGGCCGGUGGGGAUUUCAGGCCAUCGGCACCUUCUCCAGGGGCACCUUCUGGAAGGACGCGCUCCCGGACAUGGUCGGCAUCCACCGGAAGGCCCCUCGCGACUUGCAGCUGCGAGGCUCAUCCACCAUGAUGUUCACGGCGAGGACGGCGGCGGCGGGGCCGCCCCCGCGGAGGGCCGCCCCAGCGGGGGCGGGGCGGGCCCGGCGCAGAAGAAGGGCUGCGUGCUGCAGUGACGCCGCCCUCUCGCGCCGCCGCCGGUGUGCUGAGGGCUCGGCUUCUCGGUCCGCGACUCCCGGCUGGACUGUCGAAGCAGGUGAGUGCUAA